AUGGGGACCGAGCAAGGGAAGGAAGGAACGGGAGCGGGGGAGGGGCGCGUGGAGGUGCGCACGGGGCCGAGGCCAGCGCUGCCGGCGCCGCAGCAGCGGGCGGUGGACGGGUUCUGGAGGGAGCGGCAGGAGGAGAUGGAGGCGACGGCGGACUUCAACGACCGCAUACUGCCCAUGGCCCGCCUCAAGAGGCUCAUCCGCGCCGAGGAGGACGGCAUGAUGAUCGCCGCCGACACGCCGGCGUACCUGGCCAAGCUCUGCGAGCUCUUCGUGCAGGAGCUCGCCGUGCGCGCCUGGGCGUGCGCCCAAUCCCACCACCGCCGCAUCAUACUGGAAUCGGACAUCGCCGAGGCCAUCGCCUUCACCCAGUCCGGCACUGACUUCGCAGGUGAAAACUCUGCUGCUGAAACUAUAGCAUCUCCGCCUCCUCCGGCAGGGCCUGCAGGAGCAGUGGCGCUGCCCACUGUCCAUCCUGCUGCUUACUACUUGUGCGCUUACCCGGUGACCAACGACGUUGAGGCCUUUGCCGUUGGCAACACUGAUCCUGAUGUCAUCCCACCGGAGAUUGUAGUGGGAGACGUCGCCAUCCCACCGGAGAUUAUAGAGGGAAACGUCGCCGAUGGCAACGGCGACGGCGGACAGCAGCAGCAGCAGAGCGAAAACCUUGGUGGUAAUGGUGAGAGUGUGGUGGUGUCGCAAAGCAAUGGUGUGCAGGAAGAUGGUGCAGAUGGGAUGUUUCUGAAGGAGAUCCUCAUGGAUGAAGACCUGAUGUUUCCCGACGCUGAGCUUUUUCCGUUGGUGGGCGCUGCACCUGGUCCAGAGGAUUUCAUCGUCGACCAAGAUGUUCUCGACGACGUCUUCGCCAACCCGAGCAGCAGCGCAAGCAGCGACUGA